CAGGCGCGCAUGCAUACACACACACACUCACAAAAACACACGCAGGCAGGCACGCUCUCUCUCUCUGCCGCUAAACACUCUCUCUCACAGACACACAAGCGCGCGCGAGAGGCAGCCCGGAAGACGGCGUUGUAGAGGAAAGGAGAAGAGACAAGAAGGCACCAAGAGAUCCCUGCGAAAAAAAGAGAGAGAGAAGGAAGGAAGGAAAGAAAGAAAGAGCAGGAAAAGGAGGAGUGCGUCUUGUGAGUGGACAACUGUAUUCGCGUUUGUGUUUUUUCUUAAGAAAAGAAACAUUUCCCUCUCUCUCUCUCUCUCUCUCUCUCUCACUCUCUCUCUGUGUCUGUCUGGGGAUCAGUGAGGAUCGGGGCUUUUUUGGCGUGCAUUACUGACUGCCAGGAGUUUGCUCUCGUGGGGAUCUGUAUUUUCUCUUCGGCUGGGGAGAUUUCAUCAGAAGGGCUUUUGUCACAUUGGCUGCUCGAGAUUUUGAGACAUCUAUCCAUCCAUCUAUCCAUUUAUCCAUCCAUCCAUCCAUCCAUCCAUCCAUCCAAGAGCUCUCCCUCUCUCUCUCGGAGUCGUUCGUCUGCAUCUAGGCAUUGUCCAUCAAUCUGAGCGUGGAGCGGAGUGGAAGGUGCACCUCGGAUAUCUGUCAGCCUCCAACAGGAUCUGACACUGUGCAGGAAGCGAAGGAAGAGAAGUCAGUGUGUGAAAGAGAGGAGAGAGAAAAGCGCAUGAGCGAGAAAAGAGAGUGAGAAAAGAGAGCCAAGGCAUGAACAGGAGGAUACCAGCCGGCUUUUCUGAGAAGUGAACGCCACGGUACACAGUCUCCGUCUCUCCUCCUCCUCCUCUUCCUCGUCCUCUUCCACCACCACCACUCUUUUUCUGUCCCUCUCUGCCUCCACUCUCUCCUCUCCUCUCCUCUCCUCUCCUCUCCUCUCCUCUCUCUCUCUCUGUCUUUUUUCUGCUCUGGGCAGCACCUGUGUGCCUCAUUCCAUCCUCCUCCCCCUCCCUGCUCUUCCUCCUCACUGCCACUCCUCAUCCUCACACACGGAAAAAAAACAGGACAGCCCGAGGGUCCGGAGACGACUCCACGUCGGUCCCAAUUUUGCCCCUCUCUCUCUCUCUCUCUCUCUCUCUCUCUCUCUACCUCUCUGUCCAUCUCCGUCCGGUUCACUGUCCACCUCUCCGCCUCUCCACGGAUCUACGCCAGCCUCCACCCCCGGGGGAACCGAGUGAGUGGGGCAUCAGCCAGAGGCGUUUCUGACGCUCCACAGAGUCUCCGUCCGUCCGUCCGUCCCUUCGCGACCGCCAGAAGGAUUCCAGCUACAUGGGCAAACGCUUGGAACAGCAACCAAUGUACCCCCAGUACACCUACUACUACCCUCACUAUCUCCAGACGAAGCAGUCCUAUGCUCCACCCCCUCCCCCCAUGGCUCCUCCCAGUCCCAGCACCAACAGCAGCUGCCACAGCAGUGCGGCGGAGCAGCUCAGCAAAACCAACCUGUACAUCCGGGGGCUGCCGCCCGCCACCACGGACCAGGACCUCAUCAAGCUGUGCCAACCAUAUGGGAAAAUAGUGUCAACAAAGGCAAUCCUGGACAAGAACACCAAUCAGUGUAAAGGCUAUGGCUUCGUGGACUUCGACAGCCCUGCCGCGGCGCAGAAGGCGGUGGCCUCCCUCAAGGCGAGUGGAGUCCAGGCGCAGAUGGCCAAGCAACAGGAGCAGGACCCCACCAACCUGUACAUCUCCAACCUGCCGGUGUCCAUGGACGAGCAGGAGCUGGAGAACAUGCUCAAGCCCUUCGGACACGUCAUCUCCACGCGGAUACUCCGGGACGCCAACGGGGUCAGCCGAGGGGUCGGCUUCGCAAGGAUGGAGUCCACUGAGAAAUGUGACGUUGUCAUUCAGCAUUUCAACGGGAAGUUCCUGAAGACUCCUCCUGGUGUCCCUGCCCCUAUAGAACCGCUGUUGUGUAAGUUCGCUGACGGCGGGCAGAAGAAGAGGCAGAACCAGACCAAGUACCCCCAGAACGGCCGCCCGUGGCCCCGGGAAGGGGAGAGUGGCAUGGCGUUAACCUACGACCCUUCCGUGAUGCAGAACGGGUUCUACUCCUCCCCCUACAGUAUCUCCACCAAUCGCAUGAUUGCACAGACCUCCAUCACACCAUUCAUUGCUGCUUCCCCCGUCUCCACAUAUCAGGUCCAGAGCACUUCAUGGAUGCCUCACCAACAGUACGUUAUGCAACCUGCUGGGACUGUGAUCACCCCCUCCAUGGACCACACCAUCUCCAUGCAGCAGGCUAACAUGAUGGGCCCCAUGACCCAGCAGAUGAGCCACCUCUCCCUGGGCUCCUCUGCCACCUAUAUGACCGCUGCUGCUGCCGCUGGUGCUUCUAUGCAAGGAACCUACAUUCCCCAGUACACUGCUGUGCCUGCAUCUGCUUGCUCAGUGGAGGGAGUGGUAACGGAGCCCACGACGCAGACGGGUCCCCCCUCGUCGCAGGACGUGAGCGGGCAGCAGCAGCCGUUAGCGCUGGAGAACUCCAGCGACCAUGCGCAGGCCUACUCCUACCAACCCACCAAGUGA